AUGAUCGAAAGACUUUUAACAAUUAAAAUUCCUCUUACAGCUUCAAUGUCAUCUCUUCCUCGUGCUCCGAAUUGUUUAAACGCAUCAGAAUGGGAAGUAAUAUCUGAUUGCAUUAAAAUUUUAAAAYCGUUUGAAAAUAUUACAUCAGAAUUGUCAGGAGAAAAUUAUCCAACACUAUCAUUAGUUAUACCGUUAAUUCGAGGUCUUCAAUACAUGUUAAAAAACUUAAGAACAGAAACUACUAUAGGAAAUGAAUUUAAAAAUAAAUUAAUUGAUGUAGUUGGUAGACGUUUGGGUAAUUUGGAAAAAGACAAGAUAGUUGCGAAAUCGACUUUUUUAGAUCCACGACUAAAAAAAACAGCCUUUGGAUUACAGGAAAAUGCUGAUAAUGCGCAUAAAUGGAUCUGCGAAGAAUUAACUAAUAUGAUAGGUGCUAAAAAUGACAACACCGAAAUAACAGAAUCAGAUACUACACAAUCUACAUCGAGUGCUAAUAUUUAUUCUGUAUGGAAACAUUUUGACGAUAAAGUUUCACAAGUCAAAAUUACGUCAAAUCCAAAUGCUACUGCUUCUAAAAUGAUACGCCAGUAUUUAGAAAUUCCACCUUUAGAUAGGAAAAAAAAUCCUUUAGAAUUUUGGAAGCAAUAUGAARUUACGUUUCCAGAAUUAUAUGAAAUGCAACGGAAAUUUGAAUAA